AUGUCGGAAAAUGUCAACUUUGACGAGAUAUGGCAAGAGGCUAUCGAAACUUAUCAUGCCACCACUAAACGCACCACUCCAGAGCGCGAGGUCUUUAGGCGGAUCUGCGAACCAGAGGACUUACGAAAGCAUCUGCAGGAGCACCAGAGCCGAUUCAAGAGCUUCACAAGCAGCGAUGAGAAGAUUCUCAACCGAGUGAAUGCCGCGAUACGGCCCUUCAUGAGGCUGUCGGAGCGAACAUCCACUUCUCAUGCCGCCUCUCCGUUCUACCUGGCUUCGCCUAUCAUUGGGGCAACAUUAUUCAUGUUCCAAGCGGCUGGGGAUAUCGCUCAGUCAUACAAGUACAUAGAAGAGCUGUUCGGAAAACUGGAAGGAUAUACAGACCGUCUUGAUGAGUAUAUCAAGGGGGAGGUUUCUCCGCCACUCAAGAAGAACAUCGUCAAGGUGUUUUCCUGCUUCUUGAAGAUUCUAGCUUGCUCGGAGGUGAUCAUGAAGACGAAAAAGCUGAAGAAAUAUACAAAGGCAUUAAUUCUAGGCCACGACGAGAAUAUCACCAAAGCAUUUGAUGAACUGGAACGGCUUUUUGAGGAGGAACGUGGACUGGUUAGCGCCAUUGUGCUCGCAACAUCCCAGCAGAUCAAAGAAGAUGGUCAAAAACUUCUACUGUCGUCCGAGGCAGCUCAGGUGGAGAUGCAAGCUAAGCAGCUACGAGAAGAUAUUAUUCAGUGGUCCUCAUCAACAAACUUCACAGCACAAUACUAUGAUUACUUGGAAAAACGACAGAAAGACACCGGAACAUGGUUUCUCGAAGACCCAAAAUUCAAAGACUGGGUUGAUGGUCAAGCGAAUAGCACACUGUUAGGUUACGGGAGUCCAGGCGCCGGGAAGACAAUCAUGGCUACAACGGUAAUUGAUUACCUCGAGAGAACCAGAAAAAGCAGCACAACACCUGUGACUUAUAUCUACUGUAGCUAUACAGAGGGUGUAAGCCAGAACCCCAGCACUUUGAUUUCUGCAGUUCUUCGACAGCUUCUGCAAUCUCGAGAAACUGUGCCAGAUGCCGUCCUAAGGGUCUACGAGGACAAGGAAAAAGGCAGACCGUUGUAUCAAGACAUGAUGGAUAUGAUGAAGGCUAUGGUUCGGGAACAUGAAGUUCUCUAUCUGGUGAUAGAUGCUCUGGACGAAGCCAUGGACAACAACGAAACAUAUGCAAAGCUCUUAAAUGCAGUCGAAGAAUUACAGGAAGAAGGGAAUCUACGGGUUUUUAUUACAUCCCGAUCUAUUCCAGAGAUCAUGGAGAGGUUUGAGCCGGAGUCUAUGCUGGAAAUUCGGGCUAGCCGUGAGGAUCUCCAGCAAUAUCUCGAUCACGUCUCCUGGAGAGCUUGGAUAAGAAGGGACGAGAACCUCACCACCCAAAUAAAAAAUGGCGUGGCAGAUGCGGCCGAUGGAAUGUUUCUGCUGGCUUGCCUAUAUGUCCAGUGGGUUCAGGGCUUGACUCGACGGAAAGAAGUAAUUAAGUCUCUGGAGGUCAUAUCACACGAGUCUCGGGAAAGCUCGGAGUUCGAUCGAGUGUAUGAUCAAGCCUACGCAUUAACCAUUCAGAGAAUCGAAGGACAGUCGCCGGAGCAGAUAAAAUUGGCAAAACAGACAAUCUCCUGGAUUUCCUAUGCUCAACGGCAACUGAGUAUCACAGAACUAUGCAGUGCUCUUGCUAUUGAGCUUGAGACGGAUGACUUGGAUGAAGACAACAUUCCAUCCAUUGAGGAGGUUAUCUCGGUCUGUAUGGGGCUCGUGGUUCUUGAUAAACAUAGCGAGAAUGUACGUCUCGUGCAUUACACCACGCAGGAGUACUUGGAAAGAACACGCUGCAAGUGGAUUCCAGAAGCACCGACUGAAAUUGCGUCGAUGUGCUUGACGUACUUGGCAUAUGAUGCAUUUCGUGAUGGAGGUUUCACCAUAGGGCGUGAUAUUGACGCCAGGAUCCAAAAUUAUCCGCUGUUGCCAUACUUGGCACAAAGUUGGGCCAUUCACACCCUGAUGGUUGAAGAUCAGAUGCUUGAUCUUGCAUUGCGCUUCUUGCAACAUCAUGGUUCCGUCAAUGCAGUUGCUCAAGUGGCAGAAAGGACGGGACAUCCGAACGAUGGGGUGGCUAUGAACACAACGGCCUUGCACUUGACAUCACGUUUUGGCUUGUAUCUGCUAUCCAGAGAACUGCUGUCAUCUCAAAUAGGCAGCAAUGAAGACGGCGAUGAGACGCGGAUUCCUCAACUCAAUGCCAAAGAUGGCUGUGGGAGGACGCCCCUCAUGCGAGCAGCCCGCCAUGGCCACUUGGCCAUAGUCAAGCUUCUUCUCGAUUCUGGUGCAGAUGUGAAUGUACAAGGUGGACCGAAUGACAAUGCACUGAUGUGUGCCUUGCAAGGGAAUCACAUAGAGGUUGCCGAAGUUUUGUUGAACCUCAACGCCAACAUUCAUGCAGGCUACUGGCCGGCUAACUCAGCUCUCGCGACGGCUACGAACCAUGGGAGUCCCGCUUUGCUGGCGAGAUUGCUCGAUAUGGGUUCGGGCGACCUGGACCUGGAUCAUGCUCUCUAUCUUGCGGCAGAGCGCGGGGAUCUCCAGAUGGUUCAACUUCUGCUGGCACGUGGGGCUGGGCUGGAGUACGACGGUGCAGGCCCGGGUGCAACUCCACUGAUGGUAGCCUCGCUACAUGACCAUGAGGCAAUAGUAAAGGUGCUGAUCAAGAAGGGUGCAAAAUUCUACGUUAAUGAUGGACGCAGCGCACUCACAGCAGCAACAAUAGGCGGCCAUCUGCAUAUCGUACGGCUCCUUCUCAAAUCGGGUGCACCAGUCAAUGUCCAAGGUGGCAAGGACUAUAUUAGACCUGCAAUUGCUGAGGCAUGUGUUCAUGGCAGGAAAGGGAUUCUUCAACUGCUUCUGCAGCAUGGGCAAGGGGUCAACCAUCACACAUCCCCCCCCUUGGUCUUUGCUUCUAUGCACGGGAAUAUUGAAAUGGCGCGCAUGUUGCUUGAAAAAAAUGCCGAGAUCGACGCCUUCGAGUCAGAAUUAGGAUGGAAUGCUCUCAUGACCGCAGCGUCCAGCGGGAAAAUUGAGUUGGUUGAAUUGCUUCUCAACCACGGCGCAGAUAUCAACCUCCAAGGCAAAGAUGGAUCGAGCCCUCUUGGGAUUGCGGCUAGACAAGGACACGAGGAGAUUGUUGACCUGCUACUUGACCGAGCAGCCAAAGUUGGGUUUCCUAGUAUUAAAGCGGCAAUAUUAGGAGGCCAAGUGCAGAUCGCUGAGAAGUUGAUUGGCUCUGAAUACGACCUUCAAGAUGAAGCCAUGGGGGAAAUCCUGCAACUCGCCUGCCUGCAAGGCUUUGGUAGUCUCGCGGAAUCGUUAAUACAAAACGGUGCGAACGUGAACUUCUCCGACUGGGAUCGCCAUGGAAGUGUCCUACAAGCUGCUGCACAGCAGGACAAUGAAGAGAUCAUCCAACUGCUCAUUAAUAACGGUGCUUACAUCAACUCCACGAGCGGAACGCCGGGAACAGCACUACAUGUUGCCAUCGAGAAUGGGCAUGAGAAUAUCGUUACGUUACUCAUUGAUCACGGCGCCGAUGUUAAUAUCCAAGGAGGCCAUUACGGAAGCACAUUAGAAGCCGCCAGCUUCCAUGGUUAUGAGGACAUUGUUAGGCUAUUGAUCGGUCACGGCGCUGAUAUCAACUCAAAAGGAGGCAGGUAUGGAAGUGCUUUGCAGACAGCCAGCUCAUUUGGAUAUGAGAAUAUCGCAGUUUUGCUCAUCGAUCAUGGCGCUGAUGUGAACUCCGAAGGCGGUGAGUUUUGCACCGCAUUGCAAGCAGCUAGCUAUUCUGGGCAUGAGAGUAUUGUCAGGUUGCUGAUUGAUCACGGUGCCAAUAUCGACAUAAAAGGAGGCAAAUAUGGUAGUGCCUUGGUAGCAGCGUCUACAAAAUGCCAUGGUGACAUCGUCCAAACACUCAUAGCAGCUGGCGCCGAUGUAAACAUUGAUGGAGGCUCUAAGUUCGGGACUGCUCUACAAUGUGCAUCUGCAACAGGACAUCUCCAAAUUGUUGAAAAACUUCUUGAUGCAGGAGCUGAUGUUGAUUCUGAGGGUGGCACCGACGGUACUGCGCUUCACGCUGCUGUGAUGAAGGGGCAUUGGAGAGUUGUAGAUGCCCUAUUAGAAGCGAAUGCUAGUGCGGAUAAAGCAUGUUUAGGGAAAUCCAAAUCGCCCAAUCCCCUCUACGCGGCAGCUAAACUGGGAGAUAGGAAAUUGGUCGAGCGUCUCCUUGCUCAUGGAGCUGAUGUUGAUGCAUGGAGCGUGAAUUACGGCACGGCACUAAUCAUCGCGUCUUCAAAAGGGCACCUAGAGGUUGUUGAACUGCUUCUUGAUGCUGGAGCUGACAUUGACCUAUUCGGCCGCUUGGAUGGCAGCGCACUUUACGAGGCAUCAAGUCAUGGUCAUGAUGUCGUGGUACGACAUCUGCUUGCUAAGAGUGCAGACGUCAACGCCGGAAAUCCCCUCCUGGCUGCCCUUCAGAAUGGCCACAUAGGUAUUGCUGACCUGCUCCGGGAUCACGGCGCCGACAUUGAUGCCCCUUCUGGACACUAUUCUUCCGCCCUCAGUUGGGCAUCUGGCAAGGGCAAAGCAAAUCUUGUGCGCACUUUGCUUGAUCAUGGCGCCGACCCAAACAUGGCACACGGAAAGUUCCCUAGACCUCUUCAAGCGGCCGCAGGCUAUGGCCACGAUCAGAUUGUGGAGCUGUUGCUUGAUCAUGGCUCUCAUAUUGAUGCAGAUGAGAGCGACGAGAACCAAGACAGUGAUGAAUCAGAAGACGAUGAGGCAGAGGAGUUCUUACCACAAAAAGCCCAAUUUUGGGACCGAUACGAAACAGAAAAUGGGGAGAAGCGUCGAGCCUCUGCCCUCUACAGGGCAGCAAAGAACGGGAUGCUGUCCACGGUACAAUUGCUGACCAAAAAGGGGGCGCGAGUGAAUGCGCGCAGAGGCCGUUUUGGGAACGCCCUUCAUGCGGCUCUUAACGGUGGCUAUGGGCAGGUUGCACAUGAACUUCUAGACCAUGGUGCAAAUCCUCACUUACGGGGAAGGGUAUUUCAAACAGCUCUGGAUGCCGCUCUAUCAGCAGAUGUUUUCUCCGUUGUGGAACGAUUGCUUGAGGACAACUCGAGAUGGAGUUCGGUGGAACUUGGAAACGCUCUACGUCGUGCCUUGGGCAGAAGGAAUCAAGAAGUUGUGGAGCGGCUGCUUAAUCUGGGCGCGGAUGUGUUCACUAAUGGCUCGGAUGAUAUCGGCAUGCUGUACUCGGUUUCUGCUGGCGAUGCUCCGGAGGCCUUGAAGAUCUAUUUUGCAAGCCUCCUGAUUGAUAAAGGAGUCAAUGUGAACGCCAAAGGUGGCGAGCACGGCAGCCCUUUGCAAAUGGCCUGUUACAAGCAGCAGAAGCGUUUCGUUGAGUUCCUACUUAACAUGGGUGCAGAACCCAAUGCGCAAGGUGGGCGAUACGGAAACGCCUUGCAAGCUGUCGCGACAGCUCGUAGCUCUGGAAAGAAAAUUGCUGUGGACAUCGCCGUGUUGCUUAUUGAAAAGGGGGCAAACGUGAAUGCUUCAGGAGGAGAGCUAGGAACCGCACUGCAAGCAGCGGCUUUGUCUGGAAACAGAAACCUCAUGCAACUACUUCUACAACAUGGGGCUGAAAUCAACACGCAUGCCGGAUUGUAUGGAAACCCCCUCCAAGCAGCCGCUCACGUGAAACCAAAGUAUAUUGAGUAUCUGGUUGAAAAGGGCGCCGACAUCAACGCACAAGGUGGUCAGUAUGGUACGGUGUUGCAGGCUCUCAUAUCAUCCUAUGGCGAUAAGAGGCAAAUGGUUCGAUUCCUGCUGGGCCAAGGAUCCAAUGUCAACGCCCAGGGUGGACUGUACGGAAAUGCCUUGCAAGCCGCAUGUUGGAAUGACUGGCCAUCAAAGUCAGGAGCUGCCAUUGACAUCGUGAACAUGAUUCUUGACGCAGGGGCGGACGUCAAUUCAGCUGGUGGUUUGUAUGGCCAUGCUCUGCAAGCAGCUUCUUUUGCCGGCAACGGCCAUCUUGUAUCAUUGCUGCUUGCUAGAGGAGCCAACGUUAAUGCGCGAGGAGGCGAGCAUGACACAGCCCUAAGAGCGGCUGUUAUUGGAUGCCACAAGCAUAUAGUCCAAAUUUUACUGAAAAACGGGGCCGAUGCGAACGCUGGCAGUGAAGAGAGCAACGCUAUCCAGGCAGCAGCGGAACAAGGUUAUGAAGGAAUCCUUCGAUUGCUUCUCGAAGGAGGUGCAAUAGUUCAUGCUGAUGGAGGUGCGAUCAAGGCUGCUGAGAGGAAGGGGUAUAAAAGAAUUCUAGCCAUACUUCGCAAAGAAGCAAAGGGCUGA